AUGGCAAGAGGAAUGUUGCCGUGUAUGAUGUCCGAAGAAACGUCAGCAGAUAGCAAUGUCAAAAUAUGGAAGAUAAAGAAGCUCAUCAAGAGUUUAGAAAUGGUAAGAGGCAAUGGAACUUCAAUGAUAUCCCUGAUCAUACCGCCCAAGGAUCAGAUCUCGCGGAUAUCCAAAAUGCUGGCGGGUGAGUUUGGUACGACGUCCAACAUCAAGUCAACUGAUGUGGUUGCUCCAAGUACAGACAAUCUAUUAAGAUUGUCUGUACUCGGAGCAAUCGCAUCAGUACAUCAUCGGCUCAAACUCUACACUAAAGGGCGCAACAACUACGUGCGCAAAGUGUCCGAGGAGAUCACGCAGCUGUUCAUCAGCUCUGACGAGCCCAACGUGGGCGUCACGAUCCUGGCCGAUUCGUUGGACUUCAAGCCGGAGCUCUCCCACUCUGACAUGUUUGAACCUCGCUUUAAUUGGUGCUUGCAGCCGAUUCAUUGCAGAAUGUCAAGUUUAUACAAGAAAAGAAGC